AUGUGCCGUCCGUCCGCCCGUCUGUCCGUCCGCCCGUCCGGGGGCCGCGGGGCCGCCGGGGGCCGCGGGGCCGCCGCGCGCGCAGCCCCCGGGAGCGCGGCCACCCCUCCCCGCCCUCACACGCCGGCCCGCCCCCCGCCCGGCCACCGCUAUCCCCCGGACGGGCGCUCCCGGCCCCGCGGGUGUCAGCCCCGGCCCGCCGGCGUCCGGGGGCACAGCUCGGGCGGACAGAGCUCGGGGGGCCCGGCUACCCGCGGUACUCACAUGUCGCGCCGCGGAGAGGCGGCGGAGGAGGCUGAGCCCGCCGGGGCUGCGGGCGGCGGCGGCGGCUCUGACUUCCUCAUACCGCUGCGGGAUGAGAAAACUCGGCGGCCACGUGACGGCGGCGGGGCUGGCGGCAGAGCGGGGCCUCCCUCCGGCCGGGCCCCGUCUCGGACGUACUUAAGCCACCAGAAACAACUGCAAAGCCAGCAAAAGACCAUCGAGUCUCCACAUGCGGGAAGGAGGUGCCGCACUAAAGGCUGCUGUCACCGCGGGGGCCGAGUGCCAUUUGUUAAGCACUGCUUGAGGUGCUAGCCAAGGUGCCUGCAGCCAGAGCCCCGUGCCAGGUGCCCUGGCCAGCCCGGCUGCCUCUGGCCCGGCCAGUCUCUGGGGGAUAGAGGCCCGCUGGUGCCCACCCUGGGCAGUGGGGCACUGCUGUCCUGCCCGCGCUCACACCGCCACACCGACACUGCGGGAGGAACCCUGCACGCCCAGCCAGCUCACCUCCAGCCGCGGAGCCCGGGAGAAGUAAGCUUUUGAAAAAGGCCUUUUACAACAUUCUCAUGAAAAGAUGCUGAAUUAAUAAACACAAGCAGUAAAAUUAA